AUGGUUAAGGAGAAGAAAGCGGGGGUAUCGAAAGAUACCUCUGCCAACACAUCGUUCGAUGUUGCGGUGGUGCCAGCAGCGGUACCGCAAGCAACUGCAACAACAUCAGGUCAGGCAUCUGACCAAUGGAUGGAAACAACAACCAACAAAAAAAGAAAAAUCAAAAAACAUAGCCCAAAUAAAGUGGAGAGGGCCAACUCUGCUAAGCGGCGGGACAUGCGGAAGGAAAUGAAGAGUGGUAAAGGAGGAAUUACCACCGAGAGUGAUGCCAAUGUGGUGCCAUCAGCGGUACACAAAUUCACCGCAACAUCAUCAGGCCACCAGUCUGAUAGUCCAUUGACAACAACAAACGUAAAGAGGAAACUUAAGCCUAACCUGGUGGAAAGGAACAAUGCUGCUAAGCGCGGAGCGAUGCGCCAGGGCGUGCAGCAAAAAAAACAAAAAGAGAUGACGUCACAAAGCGAGUCGUCAGACGGUGACAUCGACUACGUCUCCGAAGGUGGAGAGGGGCACUAUAGGUCGCCUAAAAAUAAAAAUAGGUUCUCAAGCCUAGCGCCGCCAGAGCAGCCUAAAGAAAGGGAGAUGGAGGUGCCUGAAGCCCCCAACGACAACGAAGCCGAUGAAGCGGAGCUGGCACAAGUGCUGCAGGCAAAAAAGCAGCAAAUAGAUGCCUACGAGGACCAGCUAAAAAAGCUGAAGGAGGAGAUGGAGCCCCUUCUCAGUGCACUGAGAAACAAAAUUGAAGCGCGCCGACAAAAAGAGGCAGCUGAGAAGGAGGACAAACAAGCACAACGGCUCCUACAACAACAACAGCAGCAACAGGCAAAGCAAAAAAAGCCUGAUACAAGGCAACAAAAACAACAACCACAGCAGCAACAACCAAAGCCCGCUACCAAAAUCACUGGAGCGGAGCAAAAAAUUAAGGCUUUACCAGCAGUGACAGGCUCAAUGAAGGAGGGCCCAUCUACCUCGAGUAAGGCCAAGCAGCAGCAACAACAAGAGCUACAAGCAAGGCAGCAGCAGCAGCAGAAACAGUAA